AUGGCUCGACGAGGCUGGCUGCGGGCGCCCCUCUGCCGCGGUGGCGGCGGCGGCGGCCCCGGGGCCCGCCGGCUAAUGCGGCCGCUCUGGUUGCUCCUCGCAGUGGGCGUCUUUAGCUGGGCCGGGGCUUCGGACGGCGCCGGCGGAGCAGCGAGAGCCAUGGACGAGGAGAUCGUGUCCGAGAAGCAAGCGGAGGAGAGCCACCGGCAGGACAGCGCCAACCUGCUUAUCUUCAUCCUGCUGCUCACGCUCACCAUUCUCACGAUCUGGCUCUUCAAGCACCGCCGGGCCCGCUUCCUGCACGAAACCGGCCUGGCUAUGAUUUACGGUCUUUUGGUGGGCCUUGUGCUUCGAUAUGGCAUUCAUGUCCCAAGCGAUGUAAAUAAUGUGACCCUGAGCUGUGAAGUGCAGUCAAGCCCAACUACCUUAUUGGUAAAUGUUAGUGGAAAAUUUUAUGAAUAUACACUUAAAGGAGAGAUUAGUUCACAUGAACUCAAUAACGUGCAAGAUAAUGAAAUGCUUAGAAAGGUUACCUUUGAUCCAGAAGUAUUUUUCAACAUAUUGCUUCCUCCUAUCAUAUUUUAUGCAGGAUAUAGUCUGAAAAGAAGACAUUUCUUUCGAAACCUUGGGUCUAUCCUGGCAUACGCCUUUCUUGGAACAGCGAUUUCUUGUUUUGUAAUUGGGUCAAUAAUGUAUGGCUGCGUCACGCUGAUGAAAGUAACCGGACAGCUUGCGGGAGAUUUUUACUUUACAGACUGUCUGCUUUUUGGUGCCAUUGUGUCAGCCACUGACCCAGUGACUGUCCUCGCCAUAUUCCACGAGCUUCAAGUGGAUGUUGAGCUCUACGCACUUCUCUUCGGGGAGAGUGUCCUCAAUGAUGCUGUCGCCAUAGUGCUGUCUUCCUCAAUAGUGGCAUACCAGCCAGCCGGAGACAACAGCCACACCUUUGAUGUCACAGCCAUGUUCAAGUCUAUUGGGAUCUUCCUUGGGAUCUUCAGUGGAUCUUUCGCAAUGGGUGCCGCUACUGGCGUGGUGACAGCCUUAGUGACAAAGUUCACCAAGUUACGGGAGUUCCAGUUGUUGGAGACGGGCUUGUUCUUCCUGAUGUCCUGGAGUACUUUCCUCUUGGCCGAGGCGUGGGGCUUCACAGGUGUGGUUGCAGUGUUGUUUUGUGGCAUCACACAGGCCCAUUAUACGUACAACAAUCUGUCCACAGAGUCUCAGCAUAGAACUAAACAGUUGUUUGAGCUUCUCAAUUUCUUGGCGGAGAAUUUCAUCUUCUCCUACAUGGGACUGACACUGUUCACCUUCCAGAACCAUGUCUUUAACCCGACAUUUGUAGUAGGCGCAUUUGUUGCUAUUUUCUUGGGAAGAGCUGCUAAUAUUUACCCCUUGUCCCUCUUACUUAAUUUGGGUAGAAGAAGCAAGAUCGGAUCCAAUUUUCAGCACAUGAUGAUGUUUGCUGGCCUCCGCGGAGCAAUGGCGUUCGCUCUGGCCAUUCGAGACACCGCAACGUACGCCCGGCAGAUGAUGUUCAGCACCACCCUUCUGAUUGUGUUUUUUACCGUGUGGGUAUUUGGCGGUGGCACCACCGCCAUGCUGUCGUGCUUGCAUAUAAGGGUUGGUGUCGAUUCCGACCAGGAACACUUGGGUAUUCCAGAAAAUGAAAGAAGAACCACCAAAGCAGAGAGUGCCUGGCUUUUCCGGAUAUGGUACAACUUUGAUCAUAACUACCUGAAGCCUCUGCUGACGCACAGCGGGCCCCCCCUCACCACCACGCUCCCCACCUGCUGCGGUCCCAUCGCGAGGUGCCUGACCAGCCCCCAGGCUUACGAGAACCAGGAGCAGUUGAAAGACGAUGACUCCGAUCUUAUUCUCAAUGAUGGCGAUAUUAGUUUGACGUACGGGGAUUCGACUGUGAACACCGAAUCCGGAGCCUCCGGUGCCCCUAGGAGGUUUAUGGGAAAUAGUUCUGAAGAUGCCUUGGACCGGGAGCUCUCGUUUGGGGACCAUGAACUGGUCAUUCGGGGAACACGCUUGGUUCUUCCCAUGGAUGAUUCUGAACCCCCAUUAAAUUUGUUAGAUAAUACGAGACACAGUCCGGCCUAAGCUUAACUAAUACUCACUUAGUGAUUUGUAAAAUUUGCACAUGUGAUUGUGAAGAAAUUUGUACUACCUAAAAAGUCCCAGUGCAUGUCUGUGAAUGUUGAAGCUAUAUAAAUGCUCUUUCUAGAGCAUCGAGAGAAUUAUAAAUAUCCUGUACAAGGCAGAUUGUGAACAAACUCUUCUUUUACGUUCCGUUGGCUGCACUAUGUAGAUUGGAUCUGUUUUAGAAAAAAAGUUAUUUUCACAGUGAUGUUGUGUGUUCCGUUAGCUUUACGUCUCAGUUAAAGUAUAAAAGUGACAGGUGUACUCUUUCUUACGCUUACCUGAUACUUAACCAGAGUACCACGUUCUGGUGCCGUGCAUUAAUUUUGUUUUGUGGGAGGGGAGGGGAGGGAGAAGAAAGAGGGAGUGUUGUAUCUGGGGAAGCCCAGGGAGGAGAGGUUCCUUUGCGGGGAAACAAGCAUGUGUUCAAUGCUCCCACCUUGGUCGUGGACCUUUUUCUUUCCUUUUUCUCUGGUGGCCUGUUGUGGCAUCAGAGGCUGACGGUGUUCAGAUCUUGCCCCGUUGGGCUUGGGAGUGAAUUGACGGGGGGCCUUUUCCCCCAUUGCUGUGAAAGAACAGAUUUACUGACACUGGUGGUCGGAAAAGAAGGGCUACACAUGCCAUCCAAGACUUCGUUACUUUUCUCCCAGACCCAGGCCAUGGGAAGGAGUCACAUCAUCGGCCAGUGGAGCCAAAAGUACAGGUGUACAUAGUUCGGGGCCCAGGGUUUCCAUCACAGGGGCCAAGACAGAGCGCAGAGGGGAGUAAGGAAAAGGGGGCGGUGUUUCGGAGACCUCUCUUCCCGAAUGUGUAAAUAUUCAAUGCCAGAUAAGUUUAAAUAAGAAACUCAGUUGCUGCUUACUUUUUGAUUAUAAACUUUAUCUGUAUAGCUUUGUGGUCACAUGUUUUUAUAUCCAUUUAAAUCGCUGCUCUUUAGCAGCCAAACAGGAGCAAAAUGUAAAAUUUUUGACCUUUCUGUGUCUAAUUGUCCUUUGUUAGUCUGUAGUUGAUGUGAAAAGUUAAUUUAUGACUCCAUGAUCGUCCCCACACUACAUCCAAGUCCAUCGUGAAGCGUCGCGCUGCCCUUGUUUUCGUGUUACUUUUUAAUAUGAAAUACUCAAGCUGCCGUGUGUGUGUGUGUGUGUGUAUGUGUGUGUCUGUGUGUGUGGUGUGUGUGGGUGUGGGUUUUGUUUUUGUUUUUGUUUUUUUUACAGUUUUCGAGGAAGAGUAUGUAGCAACUUCCCAUUUCCCAUCGAGAGAAUGAAAGUCAACUCUAUUUUGUAAUGCCGGAAACACCUACAGGUGCGUCAAAUGCCUAGAAGGGGGUUAACUCUUUGAAGUUGAUCCUGACCUGUUAAUGUUUUAGAAGAAAAACAGUAACUUUUGUGGGUCUUUCCCCCCUCGAGUCUGAGUAGCAUUGCCUUAAAUCUUACCCAUUUCGCAAAGUUGAUCUGUUGACGUGAUGUUAAAAAUUUUCCCGCACAAAGAUAUCUUUCCAAACAAAAUAUGUACUGAUUUCUCCCCGAGGUAUCUGUCCUGCUGCAAACACUCCCGGAGACAUUAAGGGAAUUCUCCUGUUGGGCCCUUGAGUGGCAGCUCUAACUGUUGGCAUAGCCAUUUGUUACGUAGCGGUAGCGACUUUCCUGCCAUGCAGGAACCCCGUGAAGUGUGUGUUUUAUAUGAUGUGUGCCUCUUUGUGCAGUCUCCAAUUUCUCGUUAACGUGUGUUUGAGGGGCUUUGAACUUCAGCAUCAUUUACCCACCAAGUUACUCAAGUUGUAAAAGGUUAUACAAAAAAUUAACGACCUUUUUUUAUUCUGCCAGGUUACUGAGCUCACUUUAUGAAAAUGGCUGUAAAUACUUAGCAUGACAAAUUCAGUAACUCGUCUCUUUCAGCAUGCGUAAGACUUUCUCUUAGGGAAACCGAUACAGCUUUGAGUCACCUGAGUCUGCCUUCGUACUGUAUCAGGGGGGAACCAAGCCUUCUGUGCUUAUGUCAGCAUCUGGAAGAUUCUCCUCUCCUCUAAUCUGUGUGCACAUCUUCAAGCAAGGAAGAACACACAAACUGUGCUCUCAUACCCAUUGGUUUUAUACAGCCGAGUGAACUUGAAUGAAGGACAGUCUGAGUUACCAUCCUGCACAAGUACAGCUGCUCUCGGACUUGCUGUUCUGUUCUUUGUGAACCCUACACGUUUGAAUGACUCAAACAUUGCAUCUUUUAAAGUUAUUUUGUAAGUUUCCUUGGCAUUUAUCCUUGUCUGUGUUUGGCCAUGUGCUGUUAAAGAAAUAGACUUAAUCUGUAUGUAUUUUUUGUUUUCCCUUGGAGUACUUGGACAGAUGUUAUAGUGGUUUCUUUUAGGAAAAUCUGUCAUUAAAAAAAAAUUAUAGCCUUGCAAAUAACCAGU